UUCCUCUGAAGCACACCUCCCAGCCAUGCCAUUCCCGCGGAAACUCCCUGUGUCCAUUACAAGAGCAAGCGGUCGCCUGUUGACUUCGCCGAUGCCAGCGAGGUGGAGCUAACUCGCUGUCCACAAUGGCAUUACCGCCAGAUAACUCGAUAUAUGAGAUCGACGAACGGAAGGGUUGUUCUGCAGUUUAUGCCACACAAUGACACGGCAAAUUUAGUUCACACCCGGAGCUUCGACCGGUGUCGCUUGCGUAAUGCGUAAUGACCGGACACGUGUUGAAGAACGAUGACAUUGUCGUCGCGACCCUUCGAAAUUCUGAUAUGCUGGCCGAUCCAACUAGUCAACAUGACAACAACCGUCUUCUGGUCUUGAAAUUAGACGUUACUAUCUCUUCCGAGAUGCCGCUGGUUUUCCAGAAAGCAAUCGAUGCAUUUGGUUGCAUUGACGUGGUUUUUAACAACGCUGGCAUUGGCCUCAUUGGAGAAAACAAAAUGCCCCCCGAGAGCGAGGCUCGAAGACUGUUUGAGACGAAUUACUGGGGCGCGGUCAACGAGCUGUGAAGUCAUCCGCGUCUUCCGAGACAUUAACCCGCCUGGAGUUGGAGGGUGUCUCUCGCAGAAUUCGUCUUUGGCAGGAGUUGCGCCCCUUAAUCUCUGUGGUCACUAUCUAUACGGAAUCCAAACACGCCUGGAGGGUUUCACGAAGAUGUUGGCGAUGGAACUCGAUCCUGCCUGGAAUAUUAAGGUUACCCCGAUUGAGCCCGGAUUCUUUCAGACUCAAACAUCCCAACAAGCUUCGAGUGCGCCUCAUCACAAUUAUAACAACGAAACACUAUCUGCCCUCCGCAAUGCUCUGACCAAUGCAGAGCGUCCCGGGAACACCAAGAAGGCGGUAG